AUGGCUGAUACCCAAGUGAAGUUGACUAGUCCCCCCAAUUUUUGUGUCGAGGACAGCAAGAAACACUUAAUGAACAUUUUUGAAGAUUUGACUAAAGACUGUGAGGACAAGAAUUCGAGAAAUUUUUUCGACAGUAUUAGGGACUACGACGCCUUUAAUGCAAGUGCGAUUCAAAUGUUUUGUACUAUGGCAGAUUCCGACUUACUUGAUGAAGCAAGAGAGCUCUUUAAGCCACUCUCUGGUGAGGUCACUCUGCCUCAAGUGGCUGUCUUUACUAUUGUGAUUUCGACCUAUGCCAGCAAUGGCAACAUCAAGGAUGCUCACAAGGUCUACCAGCAGAUGAUAGCCUCUGGUGUCACCCCCACCGCCUACACUUAUGCUGCACUCAUCGCUGGAUUUGCAGUAGACUUUUCCAAUUCGGAUUCUGUCCGGUAUGCCAAGAAGUAUUUCCUUGAAAUGUUGGAUAGGGGUAUGAAGCCCCAUUCUCAACCUUACAUGAAUCUUAUGACUUUCAUUGCCUACCAAGAACCAGAGGAGGAGGGCAAUAAGUUCCUUGAACAGGUACAAGCCAAGGGGCUCAGCCUUGACCACUAUGAUUUUCCAUACAAUGAAGUCCACCGCACAGAACAGAUGAAGGUUAUCCGUAUUUGUAAUGAUCUUAUCUUCAGCAAUACUAUUGACAAGGAUGUGCAAAAGUAUGUCCUGAGGUCAUGCGAUUCAGCGUGGAAAAUCUUCGUACUUUCAAUGAAUAUGCACAAUGCUUUGCUAGAGGAUGGAAAUGUCAAUGAAGACACAAUUCAACACGCACUCACAGAUCCCUCGGUCUUAAUCCACACCUUGGUUAUUGAAUCCUACCUCAAGUUUGGCAAGGGCAAGGGUGCUCUGGAGGCCUACUGGGGCAUGUUGGCUGCGGGUUUUGCCCCCAACUCCUACACUUACACAGUUUUAAUCAAGGGACUCACUGCUGAUCCUGUCUUCUUGGGAGAUGCCAAAAAGUGCUUGCUUGAGAUGAUGGAAAAGGGGAUGAGGCCCAAUGCUGGUACCUACACUGCUGUGAUAGAGAGCUUUGCAAAGCAGGGUGACAAGGGAUCCGAGGAGGAGUGCAAAGAGUUGGUGGAGGUGAUGAUAAGCAAGGGGUUUGUGCCGAAUGCAAAGGCUAUGAGGGAGGUUUUAAAGGGAAGACCAAAAGCUACAAUAAGAAGGAUCAUGAACAUUGUCCUUUCCAAAUUGAAGGGCUGA